UGUGCGCAUGCGCAAACAAGAAUGACAUUUUUUUUUCGGGAGGAGAAAACUUCAGCAAAGCGAUUGUUUCUCUUCGGCCUUUGAGGAUCAUUUACAGAUAUAUGGAGACUUUCGAAAUAGAUUCUCAGGUGGAGAAUGAAGUACAGAACAUUGUACGACUAGUAAGACAUAGUGAAAUGGUGUCGAAGAACAAAUAAACAGAGUUUGGGCGACAGUGGAAGUGCUCCGUUUCUGGAAGUUUCUGUGGCUCAUCUGAUGACUCUGAUAUCCUGAGAUCCUCCUGAAUCAUCUGGGCUCAACUAGCGGCUGCCAUGCAGAUCCUGCUGUGGUUCAGCAUCGGUUUGUUCAUGGUGGACUCUUGCAUGAGCCACACGUCGUUCACAUGCGAGCCUGUACAUGUGCAAUGGUGCCACGGCAUGCCGUACAACACCACAUUUUUCCCCAACAUGCUUGAGCACUAUGACCAGGACAUCGCUGCGGUAAAGAUGAAGCACUUCAUGCCUUUGGCCAACCUGCGCUGUUCUCCUGACGUACAUCUGUUCCUGUGCCAGGCUUUUGUUCCCGAGUGCAGGAAACACACGCACGUCCUGCGGCCGUGCAGAGAGCUGUGUGAGCGUGUGCUGUCCGACUGCAGCAGAGACAUGCUCACCUUUGGAAUCAGCUGGCCGUCCGAGCUGCAGUGUGACCGAUUGGAGUCGUGUCACGUUUCUCCUGACGGUUCUGUGGUUUCAGCUGUGGAAGUGACCACAUCCAGAAGCUCUCUGUCCUCCAGUCGGGAUCUGGGUUUCUGGUGCCCCCUUCAGCUGAAGACUCGUCCCGGUGUGGGCGGCUCUUUCCUUGGGGCUCAAGACUGUGCUCCGCCAUGCGACAACAUGUACCUUAAACCGCAUGAAGUUCACUUAGCCAAGACCUUUAUCGGCGUGUGUUCCGUCGUGUGCUUAUGUGCAACUCUUUUCACAUUUUUAACCUUCCUCAUUGACGUGAAGCGUUUUCGCUACCCUGAGCGACCGAUCAUCUUCUACUCCGUCUGUUACAGUUUUGUCUCUCUCGUCUAUUUUGUUGGUUUUUUGCUGGAUAACACGGCGGCCUGUAACGAGCCGAGUCUGCCAGGCCGCGUGUCGACGGCUGUGCUGGGAGCCCAGAGUCGCGUCUGCUCGCUGCUCUUCAUGCUGCUCUAUUUCUUCUCCACUGCGGGAAUGGUGUGGUGGGUCGUUCUGACCAUCACCUGGUUUUUGGCCGCGGGGCCAAAGUGGAGCUGCGAAGCGAUAGAGAAGAAGGCGGUGUGGUUCCACACGGUAUCCUGGGGUCUCCCCGGAUCGCUCACCGUCGUGCUGCUGGCGCUCAAUAAGGUGGAGGGAGACGGCAUCAGUGGCGUGUGCUUCGUGGGCCUGUAUGACCUGGCGGCGUUGCGCUGGUUUGUCGUGGCUCCGCUGGCGAUCGCGGUGCUGGUCGGCCUCUCGCUGCUACUCGCUGGCAUCAUGUCUCUGAACCGCGUACGUCAGGUGAUCCAGCAUGAUGAACGGAACCAGGAGAAGCUGAAGAAGUUCAUGAUCCGCAUCGGAGUUUUCAGCGGCCUGUACCUGCUCCCUCUGCUGGUGCUGCUCGGCUGCUACCUGUACGAACAAGCCCACCGCAGCAGCUGGGAGAACAGCUGGAUCAACCAGCACUGCCAGGAAUACAGCAUUCCCUGCUCCCGUCACAGUGUUGAUGUGGAGAGGCCUGAGCUCUCGCUGUUUCUCAUUAAAUAUCUGAUGACGCUGGUUGUGGGAAUAUCAGCGGUGUUCUGGGUCAGCAGUAAGAAAACCUGCUCAGAGUGGGCGUCAUUCUUCAAGAGAACUCGCAAGAAGGAUCCCAUCAGUGAGAGUAGGCGCGUUCUGCAGGAGUCCUGCGAGUUUUUCCUCAAGCACAACAGUCGCGUGCAGCACAAGUCAAAACACUACAAGUCGUCCUCACACAAGCUGAAGGUCGUGUCAAAGUCCAUGGGCACCAGCACAGGCAUGCACACACCUGUCACCAGUAACCACGACAACACGCCUCUUUCCACGGCAGUCCGCAACCAUUACAUCCCAAGCCAGAGUAUCUCUGAUCCGCAUCGCUCCUCAGAGGCGUCCGUUCAGGAGCGUAUUGGCUCAACGGCACCAGCUGAGAGAUGCGUUAAAGCCGACAGUACCGGUCGGAUCAGCAGCCACACUGAAAGCUCACACAGACUUGAGAGACAAACAAGACAGAUUAACUUGUUGAACCUGGUUGACACCCAAAGAUGAUUUGCUGGAGGCUGACCAGAGCUCCGCCCACUGUACCAACAACACCCAAUGAAAUCUCAGGAUGGGCUUUGCAUCUGAAUGGAGGUGAAAGAGAGAGACUUGUGGCUCCGUUGUCUUCGUUCUCAUUGUAUUAUUAUUUUUUUUAUUAUUUUUUAUGUCUACUGGGAGCUUUGUUUUAAUUCCUGUACACUACUGUCUAUUUAGAUUCAACAUGAAUUUUUCCAAUUCUAUUCAGCUGCAUUUUUUCAGGAACAAGAUUGCACAUUUGUAAACUUCUCUAAGGGAUUUAUCACUGGAAUAGUCUUAACACUGACACUUCUGACCUGAAUCUAUGAACAAAAGCAAUAGUUUUAAUUCAACAGUCACUCUUGAAAUGAGAGGCUCUUAAGAUUUCUACAGAAUUUGCACAAGUGCUCAAACUGUAACCCUAUGCCAAAAACACAUCCCAAGAAAAUAAGCAGAUAAAACAGCAAUAAUGUUUACAGAUAUCAACUUUCUCUGCCGUCUAGUAAAACGAUUCUGAAAUAAGAUUAGGGCAUUUAACAUUUCAAGUGUCUCUCAGGUUUUCCUUCAAGAAAAUCUUUUGACAUGGCUUUGCUAAAAUAGCUGUUUUUUUGUAAUACAUGUGAUGUAAAUAGGCUUUAAUUGGGGUAGAACUUUAAUAUUUGACAGGAAUGAAAAUAAAGCUGUGAGGAAAAGUAAAGUGUGUUCAAUGGAUUGUAAUGUAAUUUAAGAACAUGCUCAUCGUUUGACUAACAUAACAUCUUUUAAAAAAAACUUUCAGGAGAUACAACUGUUUUGAAUCUUGUACGAUUCAGUACAUUUUUACAGUAUAUGCCACUGUAAAGACUGUAGUUUAUCCCUCACAUCUUUUUUUUAGCCAUGUUAAAUUCAUUAUGGUGUCUGCCCCGACUGAGGUCUGUUGAUGUUCGUUAGAAUGCCAGUUGUGCGUUUUUUUGCACCUUGUGCAGUUACCAAAAAACUCAUAUCUAGCAAGUUCCUUUUACACAGUAAAUAAAAGGUGUACAAAAACAUUGGGUGGAGGAUAAAAAAGGUCAGUCGAUAGAUUUGUAUUAUCAUUCUUAUAAUAUUAACUGUGUAUUGUGUAAUGAAUCUUGUAGAUGAACUGCUGUGCCUGUCUGUCUGUCAUACAAUUUACUAUACAUGUUUAUAGUGCAAGGCUUAUUUUAAAAUAAAGUCCAUAGAAAACCAUAAAUGCAGAGAUUAUCAGCGUGUGGUCUUUAUUUCUGAUAUCCUUAAGUGUAAUUGUGCAGUUUGUUUAUAUGGCUGUAACUGUUUGCCUCAAUGUUAAAGUUUUGUGAAAUGAAUAUUGUUUUGACUGAA